CAGUGUAACCCGGGGACAGACGAAGUGUCUCUGCCGCCGCAGUGUCCCUUCUGUCCGUGUCUCUGUCCAUUUCAGUGUCGGGUUCGGUCCAACAUGGCGGCUCACGGAUGGAAAUACUGAUGACAGUCCGAAAGAUCGCGUCGAUUUGUACGAUGGGCGCCAAUGCCUCUGCCUUGGAAAAGGAGAUUGGACCGGAACAGUUUCCCGUGAAUGAACACUACUUUGGAUUAGUCAACUUUGGAAACACGUGUUACUGUAACUCCGUGUUACAGGCGCUCUACUUCUGUCGACCGUUCAGGGAGAAGGUGCUGGCAUAUAAGGUGCAGCCGCGGCGGAAGGAGUCGCUCCUCACGUGUCUCUCCGACCUUUUCAACAGCAUCGCGACGCAGAAGAAGAAAGUCGGCGUCAUCCCUCCCAAGAAGUUCAUCUCGCGUCUGAGGAAAGAAAAUGAGCUCUUUGACAACUACAUGCAGCAGGACGCCCACGAGUUCCUCAACUACCUCCUCAACACCAUCGCCGACCUGCUGCAGGAGGAGAAGAGCCAGGAGAGGCAGCAGAACGGAAAACUGCUGCAGAACGGAGGAGGAGGAGGAGGAGGAGGAGGAGGAAGUGAGGGAGGAGGAGAGAGUGAAGGAGGGAAGGAGACGCAGCAGACGUGGGUCCAUGAGAUCUUCCAGGGAACGUUGACCAACGAGACGCGUUGUCUCAACUGUGAGGCCGUGAGCAGUAAAGACGAGGACUUCCUGGAUCUGUCGGUGGACGUGGAGCAGAACACGUCCAUCACUCACUGUCUCAGGGGCUUCAGCAACACAGAGACGUUAUGCAGUGAAUAUAAAUAUUACUGUGAACAGUGUCGCAGCAAACAGGAAGCUCAGAAAAGGAUGAGGGUGAAGAAGCUGCCGAUGAUCCUCGCCCUCCACCUGAAGCGCUUUAAGUACAUGGACCAGCUGCACCGCUACACCAAGCUGUCGUACCGCGUCGUCUUCCCGCUGGAGCUCCGCCUCUUCAACACGUCCGGGGACGCCACCAACCCCGACCGCAUGUACGACCUGGUGGCCGUCGUCGUGCACUGCGGCAGUGGACCAAACCGUGGACACUACAUCACCAUCGUCAAGAGUCACGGCUUCUGGCUGCUGUUCGAUGACGACAUCGUAGAGAAAAUCGACGCUCAGGCGAUUGAGGAGUUCUACGGCCUGACGUCGGACAUUUCUAAGAACUCAGAGUCCGGUUACAUCCUGUUCUAUCAGUCCAGAGACUGAAGACAUGCCGAGUCCCCAACAGAGGGGGAGGGGCUUAUGGCUGCUGCUGGCUCCGCCCAGUACGCUCACACAAGUAUCCAAGGCUUUAUUUCCUUGUAGGCGGAGCUUUGCACUGAAGCGCAGGUCACAUGUUCGCCUCCUGGAUUACAAAAAAAAAAUAAAAAAUGGAGAAUCGUCGUGAGCACCUUACGAAAAACAAGAUGGCCGACGCUAACGCUCGCUUUGCACUGUGACGUCACGUCGCACCCGAGCCGCCACUCUGGAGGUGAACGACCCGCGAGGACCGUCGCCAUGACGCAGAGUGACCAAUCAGCUGUUUGUGAAUCGUCGUUGUCAUGGUUACCACCCAUAGCAUUUCUUUCCCCCGUGUGUUCAUAUUAUACCGCGCUAAAUUAGCUUCACGCUAACACACUCACCGAAAACCUUCCAUAAAUCGCAGUUUGGAGACAAAAUGGUCGACUUUUUUUCAAAUAACUUUUUUGAGGAGGAGCUAACAGUGUCACAGGAAGUGAAAUUUAAAUAUGUAUCUUUAAGUAUUGAGCCUUAAAAAUAAUAAUCUGACAAUCUCUGUAGCUUUAACAAAAUUAACAAAAAAAUCUUUGUCUCUGCAGUCAAACAGGAAGUUGUUUUUACUUCCUGUUUUUUCCCCGCAACGUGAAAAAGUCACAGAGAAUAAAAAACGUUAAAUGUU